AUGGAUAGAGACAUUGGCCACGAUGCCUACAGCGCUGAAACCUUGCGGGAGACUGAAUACCCUAUGCUUAAAGGGGAGACAUAUCUCGACCAUACCGGUACAACUCUCUACGCCAGUCGGCUCUCAAAAGUUUUACAGACGAAAUGUCCACCAGCCUCCUUGGAAACCCGCACUCUGAUUCGGUCGUCGCAACUCUCAACAAAGAAGGUCGAAGAGGUCCGAAAGCGGACGUUAGAGUCCUUCAAUGCCGACCUGGAGCAUUUCGAUUUAGUUUUUGUUAUGAAUGCUACUGCGGCACUUAAACUCGUCCUCGAGGCAUUAAAGGAUGUACCCGUGUCACAGGACCGAGAGAAGGCCUCCCGGGAGCCGGGGCUCUGGCUCGGAUACCAUCUUGAGUCCUAUACAAGCAUUCUGGGUAUGCGCGAACUGGCUGAUGCCGGACAACAUUGCUUCGUCUCGGAUGAUGAAGUCGAGUCCUGGCUCAGACCCGCGCCUUCCAAGGACGAGACUGGUCGAUGUCCAGGGCAAACUUCAGGGACCUUCCAAGUGGGCCUAUUCGCAUACCCUGGGCAGACAAAUAUAAAUGGACGACGGCUGCCUCUUCACUGGCCGGAAGUUCUACGCCAAUCAAAAGACGCCCCCCAUCAGCGGGUGUUCAGCAUUUUGGAUGCCGCAGCUCUGGCCUCGACCAUGUCACUGGACUGCUUCCGUGACCCGGAUACUGCACCCGACUUCACAGCCGUCAGCUUCUACAAGAUCUUCGGCUUUCCUGAUCUAGGAGGAUUGAUCGUGCGCAAGAAAUCUGCACCUGUACUGCUGCAGCGUCCCUACUUCGGUGGCGGCACUGUGGAGAUGGCUACCUGCUCCGACCAACCAUGGCAUUCUCGAAAAGUAGCCUGCAUUCACGAGGCUCUCGAGGAUGGCACCGUGCCAUUUCAUAAUAUCGUUGCUCUCGGAUGUGCUCUCACAACACAUGAGCAGCUGUAUAUCUCCCAGGAACACGUGUCUCGCCAUACAACCCGCCUCACUGUACGCCUCUACGAGCUCCUCUCUUCUAUGCGCCACCCGAACGGCGAGAAAGUGUGCGAGAUUUAUAAAGAUCACUCUGCCACAUAUGGCGACACUGCCAAUGAGCACCGCAUACAUCUUCGCACGGGCACCGUCUGUAACCCGGGGGGCCUGGCAAAGAUACUAAAUCUGGAGCAGUGGGAGCUGUUCCAGAACUACACGGCCGGUGUUCGAUGCGGAUGUCGCAGCGUGCUCAUUGGACAUAAGCCUUCGGGUAUAAUCAGAGUCAGUCUGGGCGCAAUGAGUACCAUAAGCGACGUCGAGAUCUUCGUGGGGUUCGUCCAAGACCUCUCUGCGACUGGAUCUCUUCCUCUGCUGACACCCGCGCCUCUUCCCUCGCCCCAGAGCCUCCGAGUGCAUACUCUGAUGGUCUACCCAAUCAAAGGUUGCGCUGCAUACACCGUGCCAGAGAACAAACACUGGCAGGUCAACUCGACGGGCCUGCAGUGGGACCGUCAAUGGUGUCUAGUCAACUUGCAAACCGGAUCAGUGGUAGAUAAGAAAGAGGCACCACGCUUAUUACUUAUCGAGCCUGAGAUCGACGCCGAAAACGGGAUUUUGCGAAUCAGCGUCCACCACUCGCUGCAGCAGAGCCAUCCUAAGCUGCGAGGCACUAUGGAAGUUCCACUAUUCCACCCUGGUGAAAGGAACCCCUCCAACAAGACGGACAGCUAUCAAUAUCGGACCACUGUUGUCCGGGAGGUCCGCCAUCCCUGCAGCAACGCCCCUCAGCAUGUUCAACUCUACGAAUCGCCCGAUCUCGCUACAUAUUUGACCGCCGCCCUUACCGUUCCCUGUACGCUCGCGAGGUUUUUCCAUCCAGAAUGUCUACCGGAGCGCUCUUCUGGUCAGCUCCCGAAACAUUUUCCGGAGGUGACGGCCUUCCCCAGCCAGGAUCCCAUGGCUGAUCGAUACUCGAUGCCCGUCCCAGUUGAAGCGGAGAACGGCCGAUCUAGACCACGCGCUAUAGCUCUGAUGGAGAUCCUGCGAGUAAAUGCCCUGAUGUAUUUCAAUCUAGAGUCUGGGCACCGACAAUGGUAUCUACUGCGUGUUGGGCGGAGGGAUCUAGAUGGUGGGAAUGACAACGCGCGCGUCAUUCAUUACGGGCGUAUGAAGGCGGUUGAAGUGACCGCGGGGCGACAAGGGCCCGAGAUCUUUGAGGCGACGAGCCCCGUGAUCAAGAUCUCGUGGAGUGAGGAUAGUGGUGGAGGUUGUGGUGAUGCUGCUGCUGCUGCUGAUGAUACAAGGGUUAUGGGCUCGCUGGAUGGAAUGCUGCCAAUCUGUGCUGGUCAGAUUGUUCAGGUCUAG